AUGGGCAAACGAAAACGGCCCAAGAGGAAGCUGCUGACUCAGGAAGAAAUAUGGGACGAUUCUGCCCUGAUCCAAUCAUGGGACGACGCAGUGGAGGAAUACAAUCUCUACCACAGCAUCCAAGCCAGGGGUGAGAAUGUAGACGAUGUUCUAAGAGAGGAAGAAGCCAGGGCCCGAGCUGCUGAAGUCGAAGACGGGCAGCAGGCUGUUGGCGAGUCCCAGCCACAUGUUGACACUGAUGCUGAGCCUAAGCCUGACCAGGGGGUUAAUGGCGGAGAGAUGGAGAUGCCGCCGGCUUAUCUUCAUGGAAAACAGGAUGAGAUGGAGGCUCCCAGCACCCAGGCACAACCAGAAGUUAACCAUACCGCCAGUGGAUGGUUUGCCAAUAUGCCCCAGCUGGUGGCUCAGGGAGGAGGUGACGCAGCUGGUGCGGACGAGGGAUUGAAAAAUCUUAUGAUGGCAUGGUACUAUGCGGGUUAUUACACGGGCCUCUACGAGGGACAACAACGGUCAAAUCAGCGCUCAUGA